AUGACAGAACAUUAUGGGAUAUAUGGUUCAAGCAAUGGUUUAGUUUGCAUUUCGGAUGAGAUCCUGAAUUUCGAUAGUCCUAUACACAUAUGGAACCCAUCGGUUAGGAAAUUUAGGGCCCUUCCAAUGAGCACCAACAUUAACAUUAAAUUUAGCUGUGUUGCUCUCCAGUUCGGGUUCCACCCUGGGGUUAAUGACUACAAGGCUGUAAGGAUGAUGCGUACCAAUAAAAGUGCCUUGGCGGUUGAGGUUUAUAGUCUCAAAAGAGACUCUUGGAAGAUGAUUGAAGCAAUUCCUCCUUGGUUAAAAUGCACUUUGGAACAUCAUAGGGGUACGUUUUUCAGUGGAGUAGCAUACCACAUCAUUCAGAAAGGUCCUAUGCUCAGCAUUAUGUCAUUCGAUUCAGGCAGUGAAAAAUUCGAAGAAAUCAUAGCACCAGAUGCCAUUUGCAGUUUAUGGGGGUUAUAUAUUGACGUUUACAAGGAACAAAUUUGCUUGCUUUUUAUAUGUUAUGGGUGUGAGGAGGAGGGCAUGGAAAAAGCUGACUUAUGGGUUCUGCAAGAAAAACGGUGGAAACAAUUGAGUCCUUUUAUUUAG